CCUAACAGAGUAGUCAAUCAGAGCCUGGAGCUGUGAAGUCAAUUGCCCUUAGUCACAGAACUAACCUGAAGCUACUGUAACGGGAGGAGACUGAAAAUAAGAUGGGACCCGUCCGUGUAAGGAUUUGUCUCAAAGGGCCCUCUGAAAACUGAACUCUAGAGAAGCCACAAGCAAGCUGCCCGAAUUUGCCUGUAUCCUCUCAUUCUACAUCUUACAAAGAACCAGACAGAUCAAAUUGGUUGUUUUUGGUGGCCACCAGCCGUGGAUGCCUUUGACAUUAUGACCGCAGAGGAUUCCACCGCAGCCAUGAGCAGCGACUCGGCCUGCGCGUCCUCAGCCAAGGUGCCCGAGGGCGUGGCGGGCGCGCCCAACGAGGCGGCGCUGCUGGCACUGAUGGAGCGCACGGGCUACAGCCUGGUGCAGGAGAACGGGCAGCGCAAGUACGGCGGCCCGCCGCCCGGCUGGGAGGGCGCGCACCCGCAGCGCGGCUGCGAGGUCUUCGUGGGCAAGAUCCCGCGAGACGUGUACGAGGACGAGCUGGUGCCCGUGUUCGAGACCGUGGGCCGCAUCUAUGAGCUGCGCCUCAUGAUGGACUUCGACGGCAAGAACCGCGGCUACGCCUUCGUCAUGUACUGCCACAAGCACGAGGCCAAGCGCGCCGUGCGCGAGCUCAACAACUACGAGAUCCGCCCGGGCCGCCUGCUGGGCGUGUGCUGCAGCGUGGACAACUGUCGCCUCUUCAUCGGCGGCAUCCCCAAGAUGAAGAAGCGGGAGGAGAUUCUGGAGGAGAUCGCCAAGGUCACCGAGGGCGUGCUGGACGUGAUCGUGUACGCCAGCGCGGCCGACAAGAUGAAGAACCGCGGCUUCGCCUUCGUGGAGUACGAGAGCCACCGCGCGGCCGCCAUGGCGCGCCGCAAGCUCAUGCCCGGCCGCAUCCAGCUGUGGGGCCACCAGAUCGCCGUGGACUGGGCCGAGCCUGAGAUCGACGUGGACGAGGACGUGAUGGAGACCGUGAAGAUCCUCUACGUGCGCAACCUCAUGAUCGAGACCACCGAGGACACCAUCAAGAAGAGCUUCGGCCAGUUCAACCCCGGCUGCGUGGAGCGCGUCAAGAAGAUCCGCGACUACGCCUUCGUGCACUUCAGCAGCCGCGAGGACGCCGUGCACGCCAUGAACAGCCUCAACGGCACCGAGCUGGAGGGCUCGUGCCUGGAGGUCACGCUGGCCAAGCCGGUGGACAAGGAGCAGUACUCGCGCUACCAGAAGGCGGCCAAGGGCGGCGGCGCGGCCGAGGCGGCGGUGCAGCCGCCCAGCUACGUGUACUCGUGCGACCCCUACACGCUGGCCUACUACGGCUACCCCUACAACGCGCUCAUCGGGCCCAACAGGGACUACUUCGUGAAAGCAGGCAGCAUAAGAGGCCGAGGGCGAGGUGCAGCUGGCAACAGAGCCCCGGGGCCCAGGGGUUCCUACCUUGGGGGAUAUUCUGCUGGCCGUGGCAUAUAUAGCCGAUAUCAUGAAGGAAAAGGAAAGCAGCAAGAAAAAGGAUAUGAACUUGUGCCGAAUUUGGAAAUCUCUGCCGUGAAUCCAGUUGCCAUUAAACCUGGUACAGUGGCCAUCCCUGCCAUCGGGGCCCAGUACUCCAUGUUCCCGGCAGCCCCAGCACCUAAAAUGAUUGAAGACGGCAAAAUUCACACGAUGGAGCACAUGAUCAGCCCUAUUGCGGUGCAGCCGGACCCAGCCAGUGCCGCUGCCGCCGCCGCCGCCGCCGCUGCCGCUGUUAUCCCUGCCGUGUCGACACCGCCACCUUUCCAGGGCCGCCCAAUAACUCCAGUAUACACCGUGGCUCCCAAUGUUCAGAGAAUUCCCACUGCCGGGAUCUACGGGGCCAGUUAUGUUCCAUUUGCUGCUCCGGCCACGGCCACUAUUGCCACACUACAGAAGAACGCGGCCGCCGUGUACGGGGGGUACGCGGGCUACAUACCUCAGGCCUUCCCAGCUGCUGCUAUUCAGGUCCCCAUUCCCGACGUCUACCAGACAUACUGAGCCUGGGGACGAGCACGAAGACAAACCACAGAAACACCACUGAAGGAACGCUGUACUAUUAAUGAAGAAAGAACGUGUCGGAUCAGCGCACACCCGAAAGUGAAGAAUGCUGUCAGAUGUCAUAUUGAGAUAUUUUAUAUACAUGAAGUUUUCACUAGUUUUUUAAGACUAUUUUCCAUUUAGCCAGGCCCGCGUUCAUACAUUUCUAAGAUACUUGCAAUGGUUCAUGCCUUGACACCAUCUUUUAAAAGUUUAUAUGCUGUACUACAUUUGUAUAGAGGUUUUUUUUUUUUUUUAAGGAUAUAUUUUCAGUAUGAAGGUUAUUUUCUUAACUUCUGCACUCCAGAGAUUUCUAUUUUGUAGUACCUUUGAUAAAAUAUCAACUGUAUAUUAAAAAAAAGCACACUUGAGCAGCUAGGGAACUAUUUUGAAAAAUAUAUUCAAUAUUUAAAGAUACAAACAAUAGUGCUUUAAAAUACUACAUAAAACGUUCUUUUAAAGGUUAUACUGGAAAGUGCAAUUUUAAAAUGAGUAAAACCUCUUUAUUUCUGCUGGCAUUAAGGGUUGACGGUGUUACCAGGCGUUACCCAUGGUGGUUCUAUUUUUUAAAAGAAAUUAAACACCCAGUCUCUCUUUCAGCCAACAUUGAAAAGACCUAUCACACUUCUGAGUCCAAACACUGGAAAGUGCCCACCAGCCACCAUUUCCCAGGGCUCGUUCUCCACCUACCUUUUCCCUUAAAAAUGCCCCAGCACCUCCAUCUCUUACCUGCUUCCCUCCUCCCCAAAUGCCCAAACCCGCUUCUGUGUUUGGCAAGUCUAGGACAAAUGGAUAAGUCUUGAUAGAACAGCUGAUGGAUUUUAUACUGCUUCUCCCCAGGUUUUUGUUGGGUUUUUUGUGUUUGUUUUCUUGUGUUUUUUUGUUGGGUCGUGUUGGUGGGGAGGUAUUAUUUUCUAUGUGUGCUAUUUUUAAUAGCAGAGUAAGCACAAGGUUUUAAUAGGUUUAUGGGAGACACCUUUGCAUAGUUAUUUAAUUGCCCAGUAUAAAAUCUUAAUUCCCGUUCUAAUGCUUUUGUUUUUGAAGUAUGAGUUUUCAGGGGCAAAGAAUGUAUGCUAAUUGUAGGGAAGACCCCCAAAGACUCUUGUCAGUGGAGAAUGAUGCUUGUUACCUUACCAUGUUUCAUGCAGAAUGUCUGUCCUCGAGGCUGUUGGUGAUAUUCUGUUUAUGGAAUGGGGCAUUCCUGUGUAGCUGUGUUCUCUGCAGGUGAACUGAAUUGGGGUAUGCCCCUCCAGGAGAAGGAGGAGAGACCUAUAGGAGUUAAAAGAUAGUUUGUAAAUAUCUUCUCAUGCUUGUUUUUAGUCCUUUUAUGUUGCAGAAGUUCAUGGUAUGUAGUUUAAUGCAAAAUUAUGCCAUAUUAUUUUCAUGGUAUUAAAGAGGUUGUUUUAUUAGGAAGUAAAUGUAUUGUUGCAGUGUUUUGUGCCUGUUUCAAGGCUUUUGUUUAGCAGAGUGAAUGUAAAAUACAGUAAAAUGUUAAGAUUGUCACCUACUUUAUGAAAUAGACCAGCUUGGAAUUUUUUUUUUUAAGGCUCAAUCAAGGAAGUGGGGUGUGCAAUAGGUAGCAAGUACGCAAUUGUGUUUUUAUGUCAUGUUAGUGAUCCAGAAAAUCUGUCCACUCACUGGAUUUUUGUUGAAGGCUGAAUUCUUAACUUGUGGAUUAAUAAUAGGAUCAUGCCCUUAACCAGUACUUUUAUUUUGUUUUAAAUUAAGAGAUUUCCAAAUGCCCUUCCCCUUCUCCCAUCUUGGGAUGAGAUGAGUUUUUAUAUAUAAGCAAUAUUUAUUUAACUAUUCUAUAAAAUUAUUGAGUGCCUGCUAAGGCCUUUAAACAUUCCCAGCAUUCCCUUCCAUCCUUCCCGAAUGACAUAACGUAAUUGUGCAAUGUUCCUGAUGAUGCUGUAGCCAGCACGCUGCAUCCCAACUCGAAUCUGUUGGAAUGAAUAAUUCCAACAAAAUGCAUUUUGGAUCAGAUCCUCAUCCCUUGGCUGUGUGAAAGAAGUUCUCUCCUUCCUGUGAAGGAUUGUCACAUAGGUUCACCGGAUGAAGUUCUGACCCAGUAUUCUUACUGUAUUUUACAUGUGCCUGUAAGUUAUUUGCAAAAAAAAAAAAAAAGGUAUCUUAACAUGGCAACUACCAAACUACCUUCUAAACAAAUGUUGGUGAUAUAGCCAGUUAAGUAUCAAUGAGCCUCCUAUUUGUGGACCUGUCUGUUCCUGUUGUUUCAAAACCAUUUCAUGUACACUACUGAGGUAAGUUUAUAACUUGAAAUGUGAACUUUUUUUUUUUAGGGUUAAGAACAAACUAUAUAAGUACAAAAAAAAGUUUUAGAGUUCUGUUUUCAAACAUGCUAGUAGUUUAGUUAUCUUUAGCUGCUCUGUAUUUGAAAAGCUUUUAUGUAGAUUUGCUCCAUUUAUAGUACGUUGUUAGGAUGUAUGUAGUAAAUAAAGCUUUCUUUAAAGCA